AUGUCAUUUGGAUCCAAAGCUGCUGAACGUUUGGCCAACAAAAUCGUGUUGAUUACAGGCGCUUCUUCGGGAAUUGGUGCCGCUACCGCAAGAGAAUUUGCCUCGGCUGCGAAUGGAAACAUUCGUUUGGUGCUUACAGCUAGAAGAGAGUCUCGGUUGACGGAAUUGGCCAAAGAAUUGAGCUCCACUUAUGCUGCCAUUCGUGUUCAUACGGCCAAGCUCGAUGUCAGUGAUACUGCUACCAUCAAGCCGUUCAUUUCCGCAUUGCCUGCGGAAUUUGCUGACAUUGACGUGUUGAUCAAUAAUGCUGGAAAGGCAUUGGGUAAGGACGUUGUGGGCGACAUUUCCUUAGAUGAUAUCAGUGGAAUGUUGCAGACAAAUGUUUUGGGAUUGAUCAACGUGACCCAAGCAGUUUUGCCAGGUAUGAAAGCCAGAAACUCGGGCUCUAUCGUCAACAUCGGCUCCAUUGCUGGAAGAGAGCCAUACCCGGGAGGAAGUGUCUAUUGUGCGUCUAAAGCAGCAGUCAAGUCCUUCUCGCAUGCAUUGCGCAAGGAGUUGAUUUCUACGAGAGUCCGUGUGUUGGAGGUAGAUCCUGGUGCUGUAGAGACCGAGUUCAGUGUGGUGCGUUUCCAUGGCGACAAGGCCGCUGCCGAUAAGGUGUAUGAGGGAACAGAACCUUUGACACCUGAGGAUAUUGCGGAGAUCAUUGUGUUUGGAGUCUCAAGAAAGGAGAACACGGUUUUGGCUGAGGCGUUGGUAUUCCCCAGUCACCAGGCCGGUGCGGUUCACGUUUAUAAGAAAAGUGUUUAA